AUGCGGCACAAGGCCUUCUUCGCCAUCUCAGCUGUGGCCUUCAUGCUUUUCAUGGGUGUGAGUGCUGCCGCUAUCGAUGCCGCUGUUGCCAUCACCAGCAAUAUCAACAUUGAGCACGGCAUCAACAACCUUGAGCAAUCCGUCGCUCCUGCCCAUAUCAGCACCAAGCGUGCCAACGACCACACCGACAAGUCUGCCUCUUCCAUCAAGUCCGGCCCUUCUGUCAACUUGGGCAAGGUUCCUUCCCAGCUUGCUCUCGGUCCCCACCUCGCUCCUGCCACCUUCCACCAUGAGAACCCUUUCAACAUCACUGAGGAGGAGGCUAUCAAGCGCGGCAUCAAGCUGAUCCCCAUCGACCCUGAGCACUGGAACGCCCUCCUGGCCGCCUCCAACCUCAACAACGCCACCAGCAGCCCCGACAUCUCCGAACUUCAACGCCGCGAGGUCGAUCCUCCCGACCCGACCGACUGGUGUACUCCGAACAAAGACCCCAGCCAGUGCAUGUUCGGCGCCUGGUGCCACGAGAUGAGCAACAGAGAUGUCCCCAACCGCGCCUGGGUCUUCUACAACGAUUGCGAGCUUACCGGCGACCUCCACCCUUGGACUUGGGGCGUGUGGCACGACAUCUUCUCCGGCCUUCGUUGGGUCACCGUCUUCUUCAUCAACCAGAUGCGCUACCCGACGCUCAAGUACGCCGGCCGCGAGUGGGGCAGCUGGGAUGACGGCUGGGAGCUCUACUACCCUUACGGAACUAUGGGAAUGUACUACUACCGUCGCUACUUUGACUGCUCUGGUUGA